AUGUCAAACAAGCUGCACGCACCUCGAGCGACUAAACAUGCUUUUGAUGGCCGCGAAGUAGACCUCCUCCAUUAUAUAUACGCGCGCCCCGAUAUCAAAGAGCUCAACGGAAAUCCACAGAAAGUACUCUCCGCAAUCGAUGAAUACCACAAAGAAUUCGAGAUUCUCACCAAUGUCGGAGCCAAGAAGGGCCAGCACAUCGUUGACCUGAUCAGCGAAUGCAAACCAUCAUCCAUGAUCGAACUCGGUGUCUAUGUUGGGUACAGCGCCAUAUUAUUCGGAGGUGCCGUACGAUCGCAUGGCGGAAAGCAAUACAUCGGUAUCGAAAAGAACCCUGAAAUGGGUGCUAUAGCCAGCCAGUUGGUAGAUCUGGCCGGGUUACGCGAUUUCGUGCAGAUUAUCGUUGGAUCUAGCGAUGAAGUCCUGCAAGAACUGGUUAAAGAGAAAGAGCUUACGCAGGUUGAACUUAUUUUCCUGGAUCAUUGGCAGGAUCUGUAUCUGCCUGAUUUAUGGCUUCUUGAGCAGAUGGAUUUACUAAAAGUGGAUGUUUCGGUAGUUGUUGCAGAUAAUGUGAUCUUUCCUGGUGCGCCUCAGUAUCGCAAAUGGGUGGAGGCUACUACGAAGCAGAAGCGGGAGAUGGUUAAAGGGGCUGGAAUCGGAGCUGUUACGCCUAAUCCUAACUUGGUAUAUGAUACUAUUCUUGCGGAGUUUGAUACUGAUUUUGGGCUGGACGGUAUUACGGUCACUCGUGUUGUAGGCGAUGAGACUGAAUGA